GCGGUCGGGGUCGGGGGUCGGGGGUCGGAGGUGGUGGGUGGUCAUGGCGUCCGGGGGCCUGACGGUGCCCAUCAUCGUGCUGAGCGUCUUCUGGGGGGUGGUGGGGGCCGUCCUCCCCUGGCUCGUCCCCAAGGGCCCCAACCGCGGUGUGAUCAACACCAUGCUGGUGACCUGUGCCGUCUGCUGCUACCUCUUCUGGCUGAUUGCAAUCCUGGCCCAACUCAAUCCUCUCUUUGGACCCCAAUUGAAGAAUGAAACCAUCUGGUAUCUCCAGCAUCACUGGCCUUGAGGAGGGGGGAGGAGGAUGGUCUCCGGGCUCACAGUGAACUAGGGAAGGUCGUCCCUCUAUCUGCGAGAGGACCAGAGGCUGCCUUAACCCGCCUUCCUUAAAUGUAGUAUUCCACUGGAAUUGCCUUACUCAAGUAGUCCACUGUUUUCUCUCUCCUGCAUUUUUACACUGUCAAACACAGAGUGCCUCCCCUAUUUAAACUGUACCAAAUACAGAGAGAGAGUGUGUUUGUGUGUGUUUUCACACUUCCCGCUGCAGGGAAAGGGGGACUUCUUUUGGUGACUUGUCAGAGCGGAGAUUGUGCCCCUUCUGUCCCCAGGAGCUCUGAGUAUCAGCUAGUGUUUUCUUCUCUCCCUCCCCCGUUUGAAGUGUGAUGGGCACAGCUCCUGCCCACAGGAGACUUCCAGCCAUCCACCCCGCGGCAGCCCUGGGUUCGGGGCAACAGAUGGGGGAGGAAGGGUCGGGAGCCACUGUUCUGUAAUGGGUGGCAUUUUCUCCCAAACUGGAUUUGCAGGACUGUGAUCUUCUCAUUUCUGCCUUCACCUUUUAGAAUAAAAGAUGUUUCUACUUUCUCUGGA